GUUCACCAUUCAUCUGUCUCAGCGGUUGGAUACGGGGCCGGAGAGUCUCAUCACUAGGCACGGUGUCAGAAAGAGGAGAUUCCAGCUCAAAUAAAUAUGAAAUAACGACAUAAAAGGAAUUUAUAUAAAACACGGAUUAGUGUUUACUUAUCUGGGUCAGUUACUUGAGUUUUUUUCGUUGCGGAGUUCUGCUUUCAUCCUUCGAAUAACUGGAUUAAUUUUAAUUAUGAGUUUAAUACUGCUCGCUAUGUUUUCGCGAAGGAAUGAUUAGAAAAUUGUGACCAGAUCUCUCACCUUUUAACGACAGGAAUAUGGCAAAGAAUAUAAUAGACGUCCCAAGGGAUGAUUUAAGUAAGGUAUCCGAUGAAGAACUGCUUAAAUGUAGCAAAGAGGAGCUGCUUAGGAGACUUCGAAAAGUGGAUAGUGAAAAGAUUAACUUAAUGGUGGAACACGGGAACAUGAUGAAGGACGUCAACCGCAGAUUACAAGUGCAUCUUCACGAAAUACGGAGCUUGAAGGAGAUCAACCAGAAACUGCAAGAAGACAACCAGGAGCUUAGAGAACUGUGCUGUUUCUUGGAUGAUGAUCGGCAGAAAGGGAAGAAGCUGUCCAGGGAAUGGCAGAGAUUUGGCAGGUACACUGCCAGUGUUAUGUGGAAGGAGGUUGGCAUAUUCCAGCAAAAACUGAAAGACCUAGAGACCAACCAAGAGAGUGUGAUGAGAGAGAAUGUGGAGCUCAAGGAGAUCAUCCUCAUGUUGGAUGACGAGAGGAAUGGAGCUGGAUCCAGGAGCUCCAUAGACAGCCAAUCCAGUCUGACCAAUCUGAACGGAAGUUCUGCCACUGUGAGGGAUGUUGGAGAUGGGAGCAGUACCUCCAGCACGGGCAGUGCUGGAAGCCCUGAUCACCACCACAGUCAUAUUCACAAGCCUUCAGAGGGAAAGAUAGUGGCUAUCAGAAGGUCUAUGGAUGAUCUAUCAACCAACCAUCUUCUCAGAGGCAUACCGAAUGGGCUCAAUGAUUCAUCUUCAAACUACAUUCGCCAACUGGAGACUAAAGUCCGCAUUUUAGAGGAUGACAACAAGCAAUUGUUAUCCCAGCAGGGGAACGUGGGCGAUCUGAAGACACUUCGGAAAGGACUGUCCCUGUAUCACUCAGAGUCCCAGCUCUCCUCGCUAUCCCAGUUUCAGGACACCUUACAGAAUGGGUCCACGCGGAUGCAUGGAGGUGAUCUGCCUCCCCCUGUCACAGGAUACCUGACUGCAGCACAGAAACCAGAGGCUGUUGUACAUGCCAUGAAAGUAUUAGAAGUCCAUGAGAAUCUAGACAGGAAGAUCCCAGAGGACUAUGAGGAGGAUCUCAGUGAGAAAGAGAAAGCCAUUGUCAGAGAGAUGUGUAAUGUGGUGUGGCGAAAGCUCGGUGAUGCAGCAGGAUCCAAACCCUCCAUCCGCCAACAUCUCUCUGGGAACCAGUUCAAAGGGCCUUUGUAGCUCCCAUGUCAAUGACCGGCAGGGCCUCGAACAAACAAACAAAUCUGUGAAUUAUGACAAGAGGAGCAGACAGAACUGGGCAACUUCGGGAAACGACACAAAGAACUUCGCUUCUACUGCCAGCUUCUCUCAUGGCAUUCAGUUGAGACAUUUCAAACCUGUUACCUAUGACACUAGGUGGUAGUUUAAUAUAUAAUGGACUCACAAUUAGCACAAGCUAAAUCACAGCUCUAUUUAUGUGCAUACCUUCCAAGUAUUCAUAUAAGGCAGCUUAAUGGAUUUAUUUCUCAUUCCUGAUACGGAAUGAAAGCACACAGAUAAAUGCCCCAUGCAGACACGCCUAUAAAUUUGAACCUUUCUACUUCUAAAUUUUGGCACAAGGCCACUUCAUAAUAUUCUGUUAUAUAUUUUCAUAAUAUAUAUAUAUAUAUAUAUAUAUAUAUAUAUAUAUUUUUUUUUUUUUUUUUUUUUGUAGACCACUGCCAUUCAAAGUCUCUUAUGCUCACCAAGACUGCGUUUAUUUGAUCAAAAAUACAGUACAAACAGUAAUAUUGUGAAAUAUUAAUACAAUUUAGAAUAACUGUUUUCAAUCUUAAUAUUUUUAAAAUGCAAUUUAUUCCUGUGAUGCAAAGCUGAAUUUUCAGGAUCAUUACUCCAGUCUUCAGUGUCAUAUGAUCCUUCAGACAUCAUUCUAAUAUGCUGAUUUGCUACUCAUGAAAUAUUUAUUAUUAUCACCAAUGUUGAAAACACUUGUGUUGCUUAAAAUUUUUUGUGUAAAACAGUAAUACAAUUUUUAGUAUUCUUUCAAAAGAACAAGAUUUAUUUGAAAUAGAAAUCUUUUGUGACAUUAUAAAUGUUUUUACUGUCACUUUUGAUCAAUUUAAUGCAUCCUUGCUGAAUAAAAGUAUUAGUUUAUUUUAAAAAUUUACCCAAACUUUUGAAUGAAUUUAUUUAUUUUUAAUUUAAGCCACUCGCAUCGCAUCAGAAUGUGACAGACUAUUAUCAAUACAAAUGAACUUAAACCAAGAAUCAUGUUACUUCUAAAGUUACCAGCCACUGACAAAAAAUAACAAGUUUAAUUUAAUCCAAUUUUUUUACUCAUUUACUGUUGACAGUUGUUUUUGGAACCUGUUCAUGUAAUUGAAAAAUAAAAUAUGAUAGUAUUUUUUUUUUUUUUUCCCAGGUAUGAAUACAUAUAACACAUUUGCUCAGGUUCCCAGACAUACUUAAAAUAACAAAAUAAAAUAAAAUAAUAUUAUAUACUUUAUAUAAGUAACUUCUAGUCUGGAAAUAUUCAGAAGAUACAUGCAGACCAGCUCAUGAGCAUAAGCAUUAAAAGGUGCAGUAAGUGAUUUCUGAGAAACACUGUUGACUUUUGAAAUCACCAAAACAAACACGCCCCUACCCAAUUGGAUCACACUCCCAUCUUUAUAGCUUAUGAACACGUUAUGCAACACAGGCACCUCUCCCCCGAAUGAGUGUAUACGCCCCUUACUGCUGAUUGGCUAUAAUUGUGUUUUGGUGUUCGGUCCGAUCCACUUUCAAUAGCGCUUCUCAGAAAUUGCUUACUGCAUCUUUAAUUAAAGUAUUUUAUCCAAACAGUGCUUAUAAAUGCCAGUUCAUCUUUCACAUCAUAUUAUGUAAAGUACUUUAAGUUCCAAACUGACAAUCGUGAUUAAUUGAAGCUGCUUUCUAUGCUUUUAUUUGUCUUUGUAAUCUAUCAGUUGAAAACAGAUCAAAAAUGUCAAAAUUCAAUAUCAUUAUUUUAUAAUGUGUCCCAUUAUAGUGCUUUUAAUUGCAUAUGAGACCUAAUGGCUUUAUGGUGUCAUAAUUGAAAGUACUGUUAAAUCUGUUUUAGGUCUACAGAUACUGUAUAAAAAGAACUGAAACCCAAUUUCAGGUUCUAGAUACUGAAUAGGUGCAAUAUAGAAACUCUGUCUGGAUGAAUGGAAGUAUGUAAGUGUUGUGUGUUUUCAGUUCAGCCUGGAUUAGCAUAACUGAUUCCAGUUUGCAGUGUGAAGUUUCAUCAUUACACUAUUUGUAAAAGCAUUUAAAGGGUUAAUUCACCCAAAAAUGAAAUUUCUGCCAUUAAUUACUCACCCUUCAUUCAGACCUUCAUUCAUCUUCGGAAUACAAAUUAAGAUAUUUUUAUCUCCCAUAGAAAGCAACGAAAUUACCACUUUCAAGGUCUAAAGAAGUAGUAAAGACAUCGUUAAAUAGUCCACGUGACUACAGUGGUUCAACCUUAAUGUUAUGAAGCGACGAGAAGUAUUGUUCACGUGCGCACCACGACACACGCAUAUGAUGCUGACGCAGGAGCCAGUAUGGUGAGAAAUCGAGUCCACCCAGGAAUCGGGUCUCCUUUAGGAACCUGAGUGAUCCCAUUGGUUCAACAGGCUUUUAAUGGGUAGUAUUUUAGCGCCUGGUUAUAAUUUGUGCAAAAUCACGUUAUGAUUUAUGUAGUUUAAAAUGCGUUAUAAUGACCAUUAAUGUCUUUUAAAUUACAUGGUUCAUAUACUAGUAUAUAACUGAAGCUAUAGGUUGUGAAAUCAAGCAUUUCUCGUUCUUACUGUUUUUAGUUAGCUUAUGCACUACUAGCAUAACAUACAUCUAUGCGAUUAGCCUGCUAGCUUAGCUUAUAUUAGGUAUGUUUUUUGCUUCCAAUAUCUGUUUCCAGUUUGUUUUAUUAUGCAACACAUAGGCAUUAAUUUUAUAUUUCAAGCAUGUUGUUUGUGCACUUAAUGUAAUAAACAUCAUACAUCAGUGAAAUAGGUUAUAAUUAGUAAAGACAUCACGAUAACAACUUAUGAUUAGGCAUUACCGCCUGGGUCCUAAAGGAGACCUGAUUCCUGGGGGGGGGACUUGAUUGAUUCAUAACAUUAAGGUUGAACCACUGUAGUCAUGUUGACUAUUUUAAUGAUGUCUUUACUACUUUUCUGGACCUUGAAUGUGAUCAUUUCAUUGCUUUCUAUGGGAGAUAAAAAAUAAAAAAAACUCGGAUUUCAACAAAAAUAUCUUAAUUUGUGUUCUGAAGAUGAACGAAGGUCUUACGGGUUUGGAAGGAUAUGAGGGUGAGUAAUUAAUGACAGAAAUUUCAUUUUUGGGUGAACUAACCCUUUAAUGUGUUAUGAAACUUUAGCACAUGCAAUUUUAAUUGCGUAAUCUGCGAUUGGAGCACGUAACGUACCUCAGCCAGUCACAUUUUCCAUUAUUCCUUUUACCAAGUUUACUAAAUUAAAUCAGACCAUACAGUAUGUGCUGAUAAAAACUGAAUAAGGUUAGCAUUAUUAAUAAUGAGCUUCUUUUGCUGACUUUUGUGUAAAACGUCUAAUUCUGCUCCAUAGGCCUAGUUCAUGAGACCUUCAGGCAACAUCUUUUUUGUGUGCGUUCUCUAUGUGACACAGUAUAAAGCAAAGUCUGAAUGGAAGUAAAUGAGAACGCAGUAAAUGAAGCGUAUUUUGAGUUUUGUGUGUUAUAAUUCAGAAUCAUUAUCUUUGUAUACAAGAACUGCCUCAAAAGAUGCUUGCUGCAUUCACACAAAAGCUCUUUUUUUGAAAACCAGUGACCCGAUAAGCCAUAAUUUUGUAUUGUUUGUUUAAAUCGAAGCUAUUUUGAGCAUUGCCGAAAUCCCUCAGCCGAUCUAGUUAUUUUUGUAUUAAAGUUGUGUGGAAUUUCAUUGAAAUUGUAUAUUUAUGAGAGCACUUUUACAGUGCUAGACUGAAAUCACAUUCGUAUUGGAUGGUUUUGUUCACAUUGGAUGCAGCAGGUGGCUUUUGGCGGUGUGUUACUUUUUUUUGUCUUAUGUUUAUGAGAACAAAAUGAGCAGCAAACAUUUGACUAAGUAAUGAAAAUAACUGCAUAUUUUUAUGAAAAGGAUACGUUGUGAAUUUGGGUCAGUAAAACGGUAUGUGCUGUUAACAGCACACACAGUAAAUAUUGUCUCGGUUAUGCUGUAAAGUGUUUCAUGUGAACACAAUGCCUAAAUAAUUGGUGUUGAAGUACACAUAUUCAUUAAAACUAUUUUUGAAAUCUAAUUAAAAGUGUCCUUUAUAAGAAGAUUUAGUCUACACAACUACUGACUUUUUUUGUAUUUAAGUUUGAAGCACAAAAGAAUCUGAAAUGCUGAUAUUUUCCUAUUUUCUUUUCAAAUGCACUGCUUCUUUUGUGAAUGAGGAUUUGAUGUUUGAAUCCUUCAUGAAAUUCAAUGUUCUGUGUAGCUCAUCUGUAUGUGAAACACACAUGAAGUUGUAUUCUAGGACAUACAAUUCAGCGCAAUGUAAAUAACUUCUAUUACUGUAGAAUACCUGUAACUAGCAUGCGUUUAUAUAUUUUUAAUAAGCUGUAUGUAGCUGAGAAUGGACCUGUAUUUUAGCUAAUAAAAAAAUUCUAAAUGCAUUGCAAAUAACCCUCUUGUAGAUUUGAAAUAAAGAAUCCUUCUCUUUGUACAA